CCGCGAAUGAGAAAAUUGAAAAUGCAUUUGGCAUAACUCAUCCUUUGAGCUCCCUGCACUCCGUGCUGGGGGAAAAAAAAAAUGAGUCAUCCCUUUGGAAAAGAGGAAGCGGCUUCCCAAAAGCAGCUUUUUGGAUUUUUCUGUGAGUGCCUGCGGAGAGGAGAAUGGGAGCUGGCGCGCGCCUGUGUCCCUCAGCUCCACGAGGGACCAGGGGAUCUCCCCAAGAGAGUGGAAGACAUACUUCAGGCGCUGGUGGUGUGUCCAAAUCUGCUGAGAUGUGAACAAGCUAUUAACCCUCAAAGAUUAGCCUGGUUCUGGCUGCUUGUGUUGGAAAAAUGGCUAGCCCAGGAGAAGAAGUUACUUCCAGGAUUUUUCCGAAGAAAGCUCGAGUUUCUGUUACUGUCAGAAGACCUCCAAGGUGACAUUCCAGAGGACAUCGUCAAGGAGCUGUAUGAGACUUUAGCACAAGGUGCAGUGAGCCCUGGGUCUGAUGAUAAGCAGACAUGGGCAAACCAGACUCCCCGGCUCAGCAGUGAAGCUGUCCGUGUGCUCUGGACUCUUCUGAGGCAGGCUCCCGAGCCAGCACAGGCCCUGCUGGAGCUGCUGCUGGGGGAAGACAACAGCCCCGGCUCCCGUCACUGGCCCCUGCAGAAGGCACUAGUAGAGCUCAUUCGUGAGGCACUGCGGACUUUGCAAGGCCCUGACUCUGGACUUUCUGGGGUGGUGGAGGCCAUUUAUGGAGCCCUGCGGACUCUGCGUUGCCCUGCAGAGCCGCAUGGGGCUGAGUUGCGUCUCCUGUGCGAGGAACUUCUAGAAGCCUGCAGGGCUGAGGGAAGUGUGCUGCGGGAAGAACAGCUGCUUGGCUGCCUGCUGCACAAGACCGGGCGGGGUCUGGUGUCCCUGUAUGGCCAUACCUAUGCAGAUAAGGUCACGGAGAAGCCACUCAGGACCACAGCCUCAGAAAAAGUCUCUCCAGAUCACAUAGAUCCUGAGCGGGUGAUGCUAGCCCUGUUCUCCAACCCUGAGCCCGCCCAAGCUUGGAAAGUCACCUUCUUCUACUGCCUGAGCAACAGCAAGCACUUCCUCGAGCAGAUCCUGGUAACCGCACUAACACUGCUGAAAGAGGAAGAUUUCCCAAGUCUUGGCUGCCUGUUGGAUCGAGAAUUCAGGCCUCUGCGCCACCUGCUCGUGCUGCUAGGCUGGACACACUGCCAGAGUCUAGAGUCAGCUAAGCGGCUGCUGCAGACACUCCACAGGCCCCAGGAGCAGGAUGGUGAUGAGCUCCUCAGGGAUGCCUGUGAUGGACUGAGUGCUCACCUGGAGGUCCUGGAAUGGUGUGUACAGCAGAGCAGCAACCCCAUACCAAAGAGAGAGCUCUUGUGUCAUUUACACGGCGGAGACAGCCACUCAGUGCUGUACUCGCUCCAUCACCUCACCCACCUGCCAGCUCUUAGGGAGGAAGAGGUUCUCAGACUCUUACACAAGGUGCCAGCCAAGGAUCUCCAGCAGGAGCCUGACUCAGCUGACACUCCGGUCCCUGAACACCUGAGCCGGUGUCAGAACCUGACACUCUACCAGGGUUUCUGUGCCAUGAAGUAUGCCAUCUAUGCCCUUUGUGUGAACUCACACCAGCACUCCUCGUGCCAGGACUGCAAAGACAGCCCCUCUGAGGACCCGGCCUCAGCCACGGAGCUGGCCAGUGACACUGUCUCUCCCCCAGCAGGUGCCUCAGAUCUUUUCUCAACAUACCUGGCCAGGUGUCAGCAGUAUCUGCACAGUGUUCCUGACGCAUUGUGCCUGGAACUUCUAGAAAACAUCUUCUCAUUGCUCCUCAUCACCUCUGCUGAUCUCCACCCAGAGCCUCACCUGCCUGAGGACUAUGCAGAGGAGGAUGAGGUGGAGGGGAAGGGCCCCUUGGGCUUGAGGUCCCCAUCGGAGAGCCCCCAGCACACAGCCCAGCCCGAGAAGAAGUCGGAACGAGGCUCCCUGGGUGGCACCAGGAGCUUUCUUUGUGCUGCAUCAAACUGUGUGAAGGCAGAGCCAAAAGACAGCCACCCAGGGCCACUCAGCCACAGCUUUUUGGAUCUCAAGCACUUUACCAGUGGGGUCAAUGGAUUCCUAGCCGAUGAGUUUGCAAUCGGGGCCUUCCUCCGGCUCCUUCAGGAACAGCUGGAUGAGAUCAGCAGCCACGACACCUUUGAGAAGCCAAAGACACACGAAGACCAGAGCUGCUGCGGAAGCAAGGAGGGACUGCAGAGCCGCCUGCACCACUUCUCCAAGGUUCUCUCCGAGGCCCAGUGGAGAUACAAGGUGGUAACAAGCAACCAGAGCUCAGAGGAGCAGCCUUCCAGAAGAUACCGGCCCAUGGCUACACGGCACCCUAGUCUCCGCCGGGGUCGUCGGACCAGGAAGAGUCGGACAGGUGGCCGGGACAGAAAUUCGAACCUAUCCCUGGAAAGCACAAGCAGUGAGCUGAGCACAAGUACUUCAGAGGGUAGCCUCAACGCUGUGUCAUGGCGGCAUGAGCUGGACGGCCGGCUGCAGCCGCAGCCCCAGAGUUCCCUCAUCCCCAUGAUGUUCUCCCCACCGGAGUCCCUGCUGGCCUCCUGCAUCCUCCGCGAGAACUUCGCAGAAGCCUAUCAGGUGGUAUUCAUGUUCAACCUGAAGUCUUCGCCCAGCUGCGGAGAACUAAUGUUCAUGGAGCGCUACCAGGAGGUGAUCCAGGAGCUGGCCCGGGUAGAACAUAAGAUUGAAAACAACAACUCAGACGGGGGCAGCAGUACCAUUCGGAGAACUGGCAGUGGCCGUUCAACUCUGCAGGCCAUUGGCAGUGCAGCGGCUGCAGGGAUGGUAUUUUACUCCAUCUCUGACGUGACCGACAAGCUGCUGAGCACCUCCGGAGACCCGAUCCCCACACUCCAAGAGGACUUCUGGCUGCGCACGGCUCUGUUGGAGCCCACUGCUCCCCUGCGAGAGGUGCUGGAGGACCUCAGCCCCCCUGCCAUGGCUGCCUUUGACCUGGCUUGCUCUCAGUGCCAGCUGUGGAAAACCUGCAAGCAGCUUUUAGAAACAGCUGAGCGGCGCCUGAACCAUAGCCUGGAGAGCCGGGGUCGACGGCCAGACCAUGUUCUCCUCGGUGUUGACGGCAUUCGAGGGUUUCCACUUGUCCUUCAGCAAAUCAGUAAGAUUCUCAACUAUCCACUUCUGUCAGCUGGACAAGCUAAGUCAGAGAGCAUAGAAGAAAAGGGAGGAAGCCCACCCCGGCACAGCAUCACUGAGCUGCUGCAGAUGUGCUGGCCCAGCCUCACUGAGGACUGUGUUGCCAGUCAUACCACCCUGUCCCAGCAGCUGGAUCAGGUCCUGCAGUCACUGAGAGAGGCGCUAGAGCUGCCAGAGCCCAGGAGUCCUCCACUGUCUUCCCUGGUGGAGCAGGCAGCCCACAAAGCUCCGGAUGCGGAGGCCCACCCCGUGCGUGUCCAGUCUCAGUUACUCCAGAAAACUUUGGGCAAACAGACCCAAGUGGGCAGCAGCCCAGCUGACUACGUGGGCACCUUCUUCACUUACUGCAGCACCCUGGCUGCUAUUCUGCUUCGGAGUCUGAGCUCUGAGCCUGAUCAUGUGGAGGUCAAGGUGGGAAACCCCUUUGUCCUGCUGCAGCAGAGCUCUUCCCAGCUGGUGUCACAUCUCCUGCUGGAGAGACAAGUUCCUCCAAGCAGGCUGGCGGCCCUUGUGGCUCGAGAAGGUCUCCACCUAAGUGUGCCACAGGUCAUCGUCAACUACUGCUGUGAGCCCCUUACUCUUCGCCCUUCCCAGCAGAGCCAGCAGAUGUCAUCUGUCCUAACCCAGCUGGGCUUCCUGGCCCAGCAGCACUCCUCCCAUUGCCUGGAUGAUCCUCUGCCUCCUCCCCUGAGCUCCCCAAGGCCCACCGAGCAUCCCCCUGGGGAGAAAAAACCUCACUCCUCCCCAAAGGAUUCAGCCUCAUCGGCCCUCACCUCCUCUGCUUUAGCCUUCCUUAAGUCCCGCUCCAAGCUACUGGCUACAGUAGCCUGCCUGGGGGCCUCCCGGGGGUUAAAGGUCACCAAGCCCACCUUGUCCUGGAAGGAGCUUCGCGGUCGCAGGGAAGUGCCUCUGACUGCAGAGCAGGUAGCCCGGGAGUGUGAGCACCUUCUAGAACAAUUCCCUAUGCUUGAGGCCGCACUAAUGAUAGCCUGGGAGCCCCUCCUGGGGUCCUUGGAGCAGGGACAGAGUCUGGCAGCAAGUCUCUGUGGUCGGAGCAGCGUCUCCACUGUCCUCUUGGGCCUGCAUUCUCCCCUGGCCUUGGAUGUGCUCACCGAAGCCUUUGAGGAAGCCUUGGCAGCCAGUGAUUGGCCCCGCGCCCUGCGGCUCACCGAAGCGUACGGGCGAGAUGCAGAUGAUCUGAGCAGCAUCGAGGAUGCAGUGCUAAGCUGUGCUGCGGCCUGCGACAAAGAAGGUUGGCAGUACCUGUUUGCUGUGAAGGACGCCUCCCUCAGGAGCCGGCUGGCCCUCCAGUUGGUGGACAGGUGGCCCCUGGAGUUCUGUCUGGAGAUCCUGGCCUACUGCAGCUCAGACACAGCUGUUCAGGAGGGACUCAAGUGUGAGCUGCACAGGAAGCUGGCUGAGCUGCAGGUGUAUCAGAAGAUUCUGGCUUUGCAGACUCCCCCAGCGUGGAGCGACUGGCAGGCCUUGAGGAGCUGCUGUGUCGAGGAUCCGUCAGCUGUCAUGAACAUGAUUGUGGAGGCUCAGGAAUACGAACUGUGUGAGGAGUGGGGCUGCCUAUACCCCAUUCCAAGGGAAAGUUUAAUCAGCUUGCAUCAGAAGCAUCUUCUCCACCUUCUCGAAAGAAGAAAUCAUGAAAAGGCUCGCCAACUCCUGCAGAGAAUCCCUGACCCCACUAUGUGCCUUGAGGUCACCGAGCAAGCCCUCGACCAGCACCCUAGCCUGGCCACUUCCCACUUCUUGGCCAACUACCUCACCACACACUUCUAUGGAGAACUGACUGCUGUGCGACACCGUGAAAUCCAGGCGCUAUAUAUGGGCUCCAAGGUUCUGCUGACCCUACCUGAGCAGCACCGGGCCAGCUAUUCCCACUUGUCCUCCAACCCCCUGCUCAUGCUAGAGCAGCUGCUUAUGAACAUGAAAGUGGAUUGGGCCACCGUGGCUGUGCAGACCCUUCACCAGCUGCUGACCAACCAGGAGAUUGGCUUCACCAUGGAUGAGGUUGAUUCACUGCUUUCCAGAUAUGCCAGAAAGGCACUGGACUUCCCAUAUCCUCUGAGGGAGAAACGAUCAGAUUCUGUGAUUCACCUCCAGGAAAUGGUCCAUCAGGCCUCAGACCCCGAAACCCUGUCUAGAUCGUCAUCAACAGAGUUCUCUCCUGCUGCUGGUCCUGGCAUCUCCGUGGUGCGUUCCCCUAGUCCCAGGGAAAGGAGUCUUCCACAGAGUCAGCCCCCACAAGAAUUUGUGCCUCCAUCCAUGCCCCCUGCCCGGGAUCAGUGGGUUCCAGAUGACACUGAGAGCAUCUGUAUGGUCUGCCACAGGGAGCAUUUCACCAUGUUUAACAGGCGACACCAUUGUCGCCGCUGUGGCCGGCUGGUGUGCAGUUCCUGUUCCACUAAGAAGAUGGUGGUGGAAGGCUGCCGAGAGAACCCUGCUCGUGUGUGUGACCAGUGCUACAGUUACUACCACAAGGAUGCACCUGAGGAGAACCCAAGCCAGCCAGAAGCACCAGACAAUUCCCAGCACGAAAGCCCGCCGUACUCAGCUGUAGUGAGAGUCCCCAAAGCGGCUGAGGUGGAAUGGAUUCUGAAUCUCAACGAAGAGGAAAACGAGCUGGUGCGGAGUGAAUUUUACUACGAGCAGGCCCCCAGUGCAUCCUUGUGCAUUGCCAUCCUGAACCUGCACCGGGACAGCGUCGCCUGCGGUCACCAGCUGAUCGAGCACUGCUGCAGGCUGUCCAAGGGCCUCGCCAACCCCGAGGUGGACGCAGGGCUGCUCACCGACAUCAUGAAGCAGCUGCUCUUCAGCGCCAAGAUGAUGUUUGUCAAGGCCGGCAGGAGCCAGGACCUGGCUCUCUGUGACAGCUAUAUCAGCAAGGUCGACGUGCUGAGUAUCUUGGUUGCGGCUGCCUAUCGCCACGUGCCGUCGCUGGAGCAGAUCUUACAGCCAGCUGCGGUCACCAGGCUGAGGAACCAGCUUUUGGAGGCUGAGUACUACCAACUGGGUGUUGAGGUCUCCACAAAAACUGGACUUGAUUCUGCUGGGGCGUGGCAUGCUUGGGGCAUGGCAUGUCUCAAAGCCGGGAACCUCGCUGCUGCUCGGGAGAAGUUCAGUCGCUGUCUGAAGCCACCUUUGGACCUCAAUCAGCUGAGUCAUGGCUCAAGGCUGGUUCAGGAUGUGGUUGAAUACCUGGAGUCCACAGUGAGGCCCCUCAUAGCCCUGCAAGAUGAUGACUACUUUGCCACCUUGAGGGAACUGGAGGCCACCCUUCGGACCCAGAGCCUCUCCCUGGAGGUGAUUCCUGAGGGCAAGAUCAUGAACAACACAUAUUACCAAGAAUGCCUCUUCUACCUGCAUAACUACAGCACCCACCUGGCCAUCAUCAGCUUCUACAUGAGGCACAGCUGCCUGCGGGAAGCCCUGCUGCACCUCCUCAACAAGGAGAGUCCUCCGGACGUCUUCAUCGAAGGCAUCUUCCAGCCAAGCUACAAAAGCGGGAAGCUGCACACCUUGGAAAACUUGCUAGAGUCCAUUGACCCAACGCUGGAGAGCUGGGGAAAGUACUUGAUUGCUGCCUGCCAGCACCUGCAGAAGAAGAACUACUAUCACAUCCUGUAUGAGCUGCAACAGUUUAUGAAGGACCAAGUCCGGGCCGCCAUGACCUGCAUCCGGUUCUUCAGUCACAAAGCAAAGUCAUACACAGAACUGGGAGAGAAGCUAUCGUGGCUGCUUAAGGCCAAGGACCACCUGAAGAUCUACCUCCAAGAAACAUCCCGUGGCUCUGGAAGGAAGAAAACCACCCUCUUCCGGAAGAAGAUGACGGCAGCCGAAGUGUCGAGGCACAUGAAUACGCUCCAGCUGCAGAUGGAAGUGACCCGGUUCUUACAUCGAUGCGAAAGUGCAGGGACCUCUGAAAUCACCACCUUGCCUCUGCCAACCCUGUUUGGAAAUAACCACAUGAAAAUGGAUGUCGCCUGCAAGGUCAUGCUUGGGGGGAAAAAUGUGGAAGAUGGGUUUGGAAUUGCAUUCCGUGUUCUACAGGACUUCCAGCUAGAUGCUGCUGCCACCUACUGCAGGGCUGCCCGGCAGUUGGUGGAAAAGGAGAAGUACAGUGAGAUCCGACAGCUGCUCAAGUGUGUCAGUGAGUCGGGCAUGGCAGCAAAAAGUGACGGAGACACCAUCCUCCUCAACUGCCUGGAAGCGUUCAGAAGAAUUCCCCCCCAGGAGCUGGAGAGCCUGAUCCAGGCGAUACACAACGAUGACAACAAGGUUCGGGCCUACCUGACAUGUUGCAAACUGCGUUCUGCAUACUUGAUUGCUGUGAAGCAAGAGCACUCCCGGGCCACAACCCUCGUCCAGCAGGUGCAGCAGGCUGCCAAGAGCAGCGGCGACACAGUGGUACAGGAUAUCUGUGCCCAGUGGCUUCUGACAAGCCACGCCCGAGGUGCCCAUAGCUCGGGCUCCAGGAAGUGACCCUGAGCCAGCGGGAUCAGGGGAAACGUAGCCUGAGAAUGGGGGUGACACCUUCCACCACUGUCCUCUCCUGGACUGGGACUUCUCCGGCUCUGCCUGGGAGGGGAAAGCACUGGAUCGGGCCCUGCUCACCUUCUCCGGCAAGGUCGGGACCUUUCACACAAGUGCCAUGUUCCCAUAGAAUUGUGGACUCUGUCUGGAGAUGGCCGCUUCCUUCUACCUCAGAGUGAGUGAGUGUGUGCACACCCUCGCACACGUGUGCGCAUGCGCCAGUGCAUUUGUGUUUACGCCCCAGCAUCUCUGAACAAAUGAAACCCUCCCCCACUGAAGAGACACACUUUGCUUUAGGCUGCAACCAAUCUGGUCUCCCGACCCCCACCCCUGCGUUUUGGUUCUUAACCCGGGUUGUCCUGUUUGUACAGAAUCCCUUCCACGUGGAAACACUUGGGUAGCUCCUCUUAGGCAGAAGGGCUUCGCUGAGCAUCCUAGAACACACCACGGAUAGCCUCUUGUCCCUUCUUGUACUUCCCCAGAUUCAGACAUGGCACUGGGGCAUAUGCUACCUGCAGAGUGAAACCAUUUGCUAGGCAUCUCCUCUCACAAGCACAUGGAAUUAAGCUAAGUGUUCUGGAAGGUUAGCUGCCCAGGGGAGCAUUCAGAGGCUGGCAGCUGAAGGCGGUAGGAGCUGCGUGUGCGCUGCAGUCAGAGCUGGAAGGCUGGCCUGUGGGCUAGACAAGCCCCGUUGAGGCUCCUCCAGAGGGGAGCAGAGCAUAACGCCAACCUCUCAUCAGGUGUGUGGUUGUGGGCACUCACAGCACAGAGCUGGCCCUCAGAAGUAACCUGUUGUAGUGCUGGUAGGAGAGAAAAUGUGAACUCCCUCUGGGAGGGGGUAGAAAUUGAAAUGGUAGUCGGAUCGCAGGACUGAAAGGCUGACUUUUGUCUGCUAGACGUCCCUCCUGAUGGGGUCCCUUGAGCUCCUUAGCGAGCUGUUUACUCCUGGUCUCGCCCAUUUGCCUUGGAUCUCUUUGGAACAACCAACAUGCAAGCAAUGAGAUAGCAGAGCCACUUCUUGGCUAUAUCUGAACAGAAGGAGUCAGAGAAAGGAAAAUGAGUAGGUCACACCAGGUGGGGCGAGGGUGCUGUACUGGCUCGUCUCCUCCCUUCCUCCCCAACCAACCCUCUCCCCCAAGAUGGGACAGUGUUUGAGGAAGGCUGUGCCCUGCUCCAUGUCAUAGAUUUGCAAACAAAAGGCCUCAAGGCGAGCCAAGUGGAGCCAGAGCUCAGCUUCUGCAUCUCACCUCCACUGCUAAAGACAAAUAGGCACAAGAAGCUAACCUCUAUUCCUGGUGCUUGGAAACCCUCUGGAUUCCCCUAUGAACCAAGAGUCCUUGGAAUCAAAUAAGCAACUAGUAUUGACAGCUGUCAGAGUCCUAUUUUGGUCCUAUUAGAGAGGAGGCAGGCUGUAAGGAAAAUUCUAGAUUCUUUUGGGGUGGAGUUUCCCAAGCUACUUUUCCUUCCUUGAGUCACAGAAUGUGUCCCACGCCCCCAGCGGCAGCCAGCCCUUCUCGGUCUACUUUUUUUUUUGCACUGAAAAAGCACUUUAUAUGAAUGAGUCGCAACUCUUGAAACCCUACAUUUGGGAUGUCAAGACCCAAAUUUUCCUGACUUUCCUCUGUUUGAGCUAUGAAAUAGGCAGCCGUUGACCAGACUGACAUAAGAUGAGACGAAAGACCUUUGAACAUUACACUGUGGUCUCCAGCAAACAACAGCGGCACCAAACCCAAUGCACAUGUUGAGGCAUUAAAUGUUUUACAAACAGGUCACAAUAAAGCGUCGGUCCAACAA